AUGGACAUCAAGGAUUACCUAGUUCAAAAUGGGAGCAUAGAAAACGCCUCUCGUUGUUAUGAACAUCAUCCAAAUUCUUGUCAGAAGAUUGAUUACCCGCUCAGUGUGCGAGUGGUGAUAUAUUUUGUCAUUGGUGUCAUUGUACUUCUUACAUUAUUUGGAAAUCUUCUGGUGAUCAUAGCCAUAACUCAUUUCAAGCAGCUGCACACACCAACUAACUACCUCACUCUCUCUCUGGCUGUAGCUGACCUGCUUUUAGGAGGGGUUGUGAUGCCUCCUAGCAUGAUACGCUCUGUGGAGACUUGCUGGUAUUUGGGGACUUUUUUCUAUCGAUAUUAUGCAAUAUGUCAUCCUUUACUCUACCACAUCAAAAUGACUCCUCUUACUACUGUCUUCAUGGUCACUGUUUGUUGGAGUGUUUCUGCCAGUGUGGGAUUUGGGAUGAUUUUUCUUGAGCUCAAUAUUAGGAGCCUUGAGGAUUACACUGAGAUUAUAUGUGAGGGGGGAUGUACGAUGAUUCUAGGACCCAUAACAGCUUUGAUUAUGUCAAUGUUCUCCUUGUACAUUCCCACGAUUGUCAUGCUUAGCAUAUAUUUAAAAAUCUAUUUUGUAGCACAGAGACAAUCACGUUCAAUACACAAUACACUUUCUCAGAUGAAUACAUCAAAAGGACAAGCAACUGUUAGUAAAGCAGAGAGAAAAGCCACUAAGACAUUAGCCAUUGUCAUGGGAGCUUUUCUAGUGUCUUGGGCACCACUUGUAAUCUACAGUAUUGUUUGGAUAUACCAAGGUUUGAGUGGCCCAGUGCAACUGUUUGAUUUCUUCGCUUGGGUUGGUUAUUCAAACUCAGCAUGUAAUCCCAUUGUGUACGCAUUCUUCUACACAUGGUUUCGAAAGGCCCUCAGAAUUAUUUUGUAUGGUAAAAUAUUCAGAAAUAAUUCUUCAAGAAUAGAGUUGUGUUCAGAAUAG